AUGGAAUGGACUUCAAAUUUUAUAUCAGAAAUUUAUAAAUAUCUUAAAUAUCGUGAUGAUACAAGUAUAGAUCGUCUUAAUCGUUUAUAUACUGUUGCACUUUUAACAGCAUUUGUUACAUUAAUUACUUCACAACAAUAUGUUGUCGGUGGACGUAUUAUUUGUUGGGCACCAAAAGAAUUUACUGAUCCACAUAUAACCUAUGCACAUGAUAUUUGUUGGUUAGGUCAAUCAAAUUAUUAUGUAUCAGAAAAUUAUACUAUAUUAAAUAAUCCAUCAUCUCCAAGAAUGUAUCCAUUUUCAAUCUAUCCAUGGUUUCCAUUAGUUCUUAUUAGUAUGAUAGUAGGUUUUAUUGCACCCUAUUUACUUGUUUGGCAUGGAUUAUCGACAAGAUCAGGUAUUAAUAUAAAUCGAUUAACAAAAUUAAAUAAUCAAGAACAGUUAACUCAUAAUAUACAUUAUAUAUUAUCGAAAAAAUAUUCAAUAAAAAACAAUGGAAAAUAUUAUGUUAUAAGUAUAUAUUUAAUAAUGAAAUUUCUUUACAUUAUUAAUUUAAUAACUCAAAUAUUAUUUAUAAAUAAAAUAUUAAAUGGAUAUUAUUUUCAUAUGAAUUUAAAAGAGAUUUUUCAAAUUUUAUCUGUUAAACAUAAUAUGUGGUCAUCAACAUCAACACCAUAUUUUCCAAUUGAAACAAUGUGUGAUUUUAUGGUUCGAAUGCUAGGACAUAAUAAUAAUUGGUAUACAAUACAAUGUAUUUUACCAUUUAAUUUAUUUACUAAACGAAUAUUUGCUCUAUUAAUCAUAUGGUUUAAUAUUUUAUUAAUUCUAAAUUUAAUUGAUUUUAUUAUUGUUUGGUUAUGGCAUCGAAUAUGGUUAAGUUCACGACGUUAUGAAUAUAUUAUUCGUUUAUUUCAUUUAUAUGAAUUAUAUCUUUAUGAUAAAAGUAAAAGUCAAUCAAUAAUGUUAGCAACUAGCAAUCAAGCUCUUCGUAAAGAAUUUGUUCAAAAAUAUUUAGGACUAGAUGGUUAUCUAUUAUUAAAAUUCUUGCAUUCUAAUUCAACCGAUAUGAAUAUGAGUUAUCUUGUUGCUCAUCUUUUCAAGGAAUUCUUACAAAUGGAACAACGACAACCUAAAAAAUAUACAAAACAUGACAAAAAUACUAAUACAUAA